AUGGUAUCUUUGUAUUUCUACAUACCAAAUCUUAUUGGAUAUGCUCGUAUCAUCCUUAUGUUUGUAGCAUACCUCUUCGCUCAGACAAAUCCAUACAUUUUCUUCCUUAGCUACUUUUCAUCCCAAUUUUUAGAUAUGUUUGAUGGAAUGGCAGCUCGUGCAUUCAAUCAAUCAACAAAAUUCGGUGCUCUCCUAGAUAUGGUUACAGAUAGAUGCUCUACUGUCGGUUUAUUACUUGUACUCUCCCAUAGAUAUCCACAAUAUACACUUGGAUGCCAUUUCUUUAUCUGGCUAGAUAUUUUCUCCCACUGGGCUCAUAUGCUCGCCACAUUAAAAGCUGGAAAUCAGUCACACAAGAUUGUCAAAGAUGGUCCAUGGCUCCUUCGUUACUAUUAUGCAACCAAAUGGUUCAUGGUUCUCCUUAUUUUCGGUGCUGAAGGAUGGCCAUGCACAAUGUACAUGCUCAGCUUCGACUAUCUACUUCCACCUUAUUAUUUACUUCCAUUAAAACUCCUUAAAUACGUGCUUCUCCCAUUAUUCAUGCUUAAGCACAUCGUUAAUGUUAUCCAAUUCUUCCAUGCUGCAAAUUCUCUUGAUGAGAUCGGAGAGAAGAAGAAUAACUAA